UCUAAAACCCUAGCUAGUUAUUUUCGCGAUGGCUCCGCCCCUUCGCCCGUCAGCCACUCGAAACUCUCGCCCUCAGAAGCAACGAGAGCCAUUUUUGUUUCAUGGCGCACUGAGAUCGUUGGGUGUCGUUUUAAUGCUUUCAGAAGGGACGCAGUAUAAGACACCAGAGGUCCUUAUGCAUACCAGCUGUACAAGUGCACCAUGAAUUGUGAAGACCAGUGCAUGGGGAGGGUAGUUAAUUCCUGGGCCAGAUUUGCCCCAGCUGGACAAAGUGCCCUAAAAGAGGCGCUUAGGGUCUUUAAUCCCAUGACGCAGGACCUGACGGACACUGAAAGACAAAUGGCGUCCUUUCUUCAAGAGCUAAGGAAAGAAGGAGCCAAGCCCAUCGUUUUGAGGAGCAAAGAUGUUUAUGGAUAUAAAUCUUGCACUGCAGAUCCCCUUCCAUCUAGAAUCACCACCAAGGUUCAGAAAGUCCAAAAACCCAGCAAGAAGCGAGCACGCAAAGGUUUGGGCAGGGGCAAGGAGGUGAAUUACUCAACACUCAGUAAAGCAGCCAAGGACAUUAUUCAAAACCAACCCAAGAUUCUCCUCACUAACCUCUCGGUGGACACUCUUAAGCAGAGCAAUGCGGCAGCAUCGACAGUAGUAGAUAAGCAUUCCCUUCAAGCACAGCAGUGCCUCAAGCUUACAAACAUCAAGGGAUCAACUGGGGGCCACACUGCAAGGCUGCAAAUUCACUUCGGCGGAGAUUCAGGAAACAUACCCCACAUUGCUCUGCGACGGCCACCAGAUCUGUCUGGAAUUCCGCGUACUCCCACAGAAAAUGGCGGUCAGACAUUAAACGUAGUUGCCUUGGACAACAAACGCAUUUUGUCUUGUCCGUACAAAGUAGAAGAUGCCCUCAUUGGAGACUCUGCCCCAUUUGUCUGUCAAAAUGGUUUCAGUCUUAAAGAUGGUAGCAUUUAUAAAAAGAUGGAAACCAUAUCCGGUAAUCCUGAUUUGAUGAACGGUGGUCUAGACAGUGAUUCCGCAAGGAGACUCCAUUUCCAAAGGUUUGACUGGUCCCAGUCAACACUCACCAAUGGGCAAGAUGUUUCUAGACUGAAUGGAAAUGGUCUCGAGUGGAAAGUCAUAAAAGUAGAUGAUUCGGUCACAGACGAAGAGGUGAGGAGAAAGGCACAGAAAAUUCUGCAAGUCAACUUGUCACCCGUGAUACAGAUUCAUCCUCUUGUUGACUCUGUAUAGACUCUUGCUGGGGAUUUAGUUUUGUUUCCUCCUUUUUAUAAUUUGCAGUGUUUCAUUUUGCAAGAUGAACCAUUGUUUGUACUCUGGAUUGGGAGCUUUGAAGUGACCUCCGAAUUUUGCGUUAUCGUCUAGUAGUAAGGACAUCAUAAUCCAAAGACGGGAUGUUGUUUUCUGCUCUCACAGUAUUUGAUCUCCCGACACAUCCCAGCAUCCUUUGACCUUAAUUUGAUGUAUUUCUAUUUAACUUCUUGAAGGAAUUGACUGAUGAACAAACCCUUAUUUAUGACUAUGCAGUUCCCAGUCUCUUUUUGUUGGAAUAUUGUGGGAACAGACUGAAUUUGUUGAGGGAUUUAUUACAUACUGCUUAAAAAGACCCUUAUUUGAUACCCUUAUCUGGGUGGUCGUAGGUCUUUGUGGUUUUCUACAUUCUUGGGUCCUGUCGUCGUCAUCAUCACCAUCACCACAUAGUUUUUUGACAUCACCUGUUUUGUAACAUGUCAGUCUAAUGCCAUAGACUGCAUAGUGUUUAUGUUUUAACGUGUUCAAAUUGGGGGCACUUUUCAUAUUAAUUUAAUUUGAGGGCAAAGUAUAUGGCCUUAUUCUUUGAGGAGUGAUAAAGGAUCUGCCUUUGUGCUGCUUUAUUUUCUUUCAGCACUCCUUCUUUAUAAAUUUAGCUUUUGUCUCAUAUUGUGCCGACCCUGGUGUGUAGUUUAACCCUUUUGUUGGUGCCAUGACCACAAGGAAUAGCAAAAGUGCAUAGUUUAUUUUCACCAUUAUUUUAAGUGAUGGACUGGUGGUCUGUUGAUGCAGUACCUCAAACACUUGAAUAGGAGUAUGACGUCAUAAUUUAUCCUAAUUAUAUAUGUUUUUUAUUCUAUAUAUAUAUGUUUGAUUUUUGGCCUUAUAAUACCCCACAAUCUUGAUCCACCUAAUGAAUCUACUCAAGUACCUGUUAUCAAGAUAGUAUUCCAUUGCAAACAAGAAUUCAUUCAGAUCCCGUGUUCAAUUUUGUUCGGGUAAUUCAUUUGUCAAUUUUUCGUCUGUCCAGAUUUUAUAUGUUGAGGAUAUUCAUGAGCAUAACGCUGUAAUUUUAAGGCUUUUUGCAUUUGCGCACAAGAUAAGGUGCUUAACAUCAAAAUUAUUUUGUCAGCAAUGCUUUAGUUAGUCAACAAAACGUUAUAAACCAAAAGCCUAAAUAGAUAACGCAGCAGAAUAUCGUUCCACAAAGUGUUUUAAAAACAAAUGUCUGGACUUUUUGUGAGUUAUGUUCAAGAUGAUUCAUCCUUACACAAAAUAAAAACAAACUUUAUUUUUUUGUUUUUUAUACAUUUAAAUCUGUGACACUCAACAGCUGUAAAUGUCAUUGGUGGUAUUUUUAGUUACUGUUACCAAGUUGUGAAUUAAAAAAUGUUUGGAAAAA